CCUGGUUUCCAUCCUCGGUUUCCCUGUCCUUGCCCCAGGCCCUGGGUGUGCUCAGAAAGGCUGCGCAGUAUUGGGACAGAAUGACCUUCCGGCCCUGAGUCCCUGGCUUUCUUGAGUGGCGGGCAGCAGCAGCGAAUGGGCGAUCCGAUACUGCGUGACGCGACGGGAAAAGGGGGAGUUCGCGGCCGGUGGCGGCGGUGGCGACAGCGGCGACCUGGGGAUAGAACUGGAGGGACCUGGGGAACGUGCAGAGACCUCUAGCUCGAGCGCGAGGGACCUCCCGCCGGGAUGCCUGGGGAGCAGAUGGACCCUACUGGAAGUCAGUUGGAUUCAGAUUUCUCUCAGCAAGAUACCCCUUGCCUGAUAAUUGAAGAUUCUCAGCCUGAAAGCCAGGUUCUAGAAGAUGAUUCUGGUUCUCACUUCAGUAUGCUGUCUCGACACCUUCCUAAUCUACAGACGCACAAAGAGAACCCUGUGUUGGAUGUUGUGUCCAAUCCUGAACAAGCUGCUGGAGAAGAACAAGAAAACAGUAAUAGUGGGUUCACUGAACAUUUGAAAGACAAGGCUGCAGUCCCUGUGGAUUCUUCUCAUUUGGAUACAUGUGGUUCCAUCAGUCAAGUCAUUGAACAGUUACCUCAGCCAAACAGGACAAGCAGUGUUCUGGGAAUGUCAGUGGAAUCUGUUCCUGAUGGGGAAGAGAAGGAAGAGUUGGAAGAAAAGGAGAAAGAGGAGCUGGAAGAAGAUACUUCAGACGAUACUGCACGUUCCUUUGCUGCUGAAGAUCCUGCCUCAUCACAGUUGGGCUUUGAAGUUCUGGAACUCUCCCAGAGCCAGGAUGUUGAAGAACGAUCUAUGCCAUAUGAAGCCAAUAAGGAGCAUCUACCUUCAGUUACAUCUAACUCUGGUUAUACCAGGCUAUCUGAUGUAGAUGCAGAUACUGCAAUUAAGAAUGAGGAACAAUCCAAUGAAAAUAUCCCUAUGGCCGAACAGCCCAGCAAAGAUAUCCCUGUGACAGUACAGCCCAGUAAAGUUGUACAUGCACUAGAAGAGCAAGAUCUACCACCUGCAAGGUCAGAAGACAUGUCUUCUAGUCCCAAAGUGUCUCUUGCUGCUGUAGAAACAAAAGAACAAAUGUGUGCUCAAGAACUUUUGGAAGGUGGACUGCAGAUUCAGAAGUCACCAGAGCCUGAGGUUUUGUCAACCCAGGAAGACUUAUUUGACCAAAGCAAUAAAACAGCUUCUGAUGGUUGUUCUACUCCUUCAAAGGAGGAAGGUGGGUGUUCUCUGGCUUCCACACCUGCUACCACUCUGCACCUCCUGCAGCUCUCCGGUCAGAGGUCUCUCGUUCAGGAGAGUCUUUCAACGAAUUCCUCAGAUCUUGUUGCUCCUUCCCCUGAUGCUUUCCGAUCUACCCCUUUUAUCGUUCCUAGCAGUCCCACAGAGCAAGAAGGGAAAAAAGCAGAUGAGCCAGUGGAUAUGUCAGUGUUGUCUGAAGCAGGAGAAGAGCCUUUUCAGAAAAAACUUCCAGAUGAUGAACCAGUGGAAAUAGAAAACCCCCCUCUCCCACCUGAGCCCAUUGUAUUACCACAAGCCUCAACACCAGUGUCUCAGAGCACACCAGUCUUCACUCCUGGAUCACUUCCCAUCCCUUCCCAGCCUGAAUUUUCUCACGACAUUUUCAUUCCAUCACCAAGUUUGGAAGAAAGAUCAAAUAAUGGGAAGAAAGGUGGAGAUUUGCAUAGUUCUUCUUUGACUGUUGAGUGUUCUAAAACCUCAGAGAUUGAACCAAAGAAUUCCACUGAGGAUCUUGGGCACUCUUUGACGGGGGAUUCUUGCAAGUUGAUGCUUUCUACAAGUGAAUGUAGUCAGUCUCCAAAGAUGGAGAGCUUGAGUUCUCACAGGAUUAAUGAAGAUGGAGAAAACACUCAGAUUGAGGAUACUGAACCCUUGUCUCCUGUUCUCAAUUCCAAACUUGUUCCUGCCGAAAAUGAUAGUAUCCUGAUGACUCCAGCACAGGAUGGUCAAGUAGAACUGAGUCAGAAUGAUGCUAAAAUCAAAAGAGAUGAAACAGAGAACAGAGAUGACAUUAGUAUUUUAGGCGCUGGUUGCAAAGGCAGAGAAGAAACUGUUGCAGAAGAUGUUUGUAUUGAUCUCACUUGUGAUUCAGGGAGUCAGGCAGUGCCUUCUCCAGCUACUCAAUCUGAAGCACUUUCUAGUGUCUUAGAUCAGGAGGAAGCUAUGGACAUUAAAGAACACCAUCCAGAAGAGGCGUCUUCAGGGUCUGAAGUAGAAGAAAUCCCUGAAACUCCUUGCGAAAGUCAUGGAGAGGAGCCCAAAGAAGAAAAUAUGGAGAGUGUCCCUUUGCAUCUUUCUCUGACUGAAACUCAAUCCCAAGGAUUGUGUCUUCAAAAGGAAAUUCCUAAACAAGAAUGCCCUGAAGCUAUGGAAGUUGAAACCAGUGUGAUUAGUAUUGAUUCCCCUCAGAAGCUGCCAGUACUUGACCAAGAACUAGAACAUAAGGAUCAGGAAGCCUGGGAAGAAGCUACUUCAGAAGACUCAAGUGUUGUCAUUGUAGAUGUGAAGGAGCCAUCUCCCAGAGUUGAUGUUUCUUGUGAACCUUUGGAGGGAGUGGAGAAAUGUUCAGAUUCCCAGUUGUGGGAGGAUGUUGCUCCAGAAAUAGAACCAUGUCCUGAGAGUAGAUUAGAUCCCCAGGAAGAAAAGGGUAUAGAAUAUGAGGGAGAAGUGAAAUCAGCAACUACAGAAAAGGAACCUGUAGAGGAAGCUUCUCCACAACUUCCCUUGCCUUUAGUGAGAACAGAUGAACCUCCCAGACCUGACCAGGCAAUGAAGCAGCCCCAACCUCAAGAGAAAACAGAUAACUCAUUAACAGAAGACUCAAAAAUGGCUAAUGCAAAGCAGUUAGGCUCAGGUAUAGAUGCCCAGCAGCUUGACAAGGCCUCUGCUCAUGCCUCUCAAAGCUUCUGUGAAAGUUCUAGCGAAACCCCAUUUCAUUUCACUUUGCCUAAAGAAGGUGAUAUUAUCCCACCAUUGACUGGCGCAACCCCACCUCUUAUUGGGCACCUAAAAUUGGAGCCCAAGAGACAUAGUACUCCUAUUGGUAUUAGCAACUAUCCAGAAAGCACUAUAACAAACAGUGAUGUCAUGUCUGAAAGUAUGGUUGAGACCAAUGAUCCCAUACUUGGGAGUGAAAAAGGGGAUUCUGGGGCUGCUCCAGAAGUGGAUGAGAAACUGUGUCUAAGAAUGAAACUGGUCAGUCCAGAGACAGAGGCGAGUGAAGAGUCUUUGCAGUUUAGCCUGGAAAAGCCUGCAACUGUUGAAAGAAAAAAUGAAUCUGCUGUUGCUGAGGCUGUUGCCAGUCCCCAGAAGACCACGUCUGUGUUUAGCUGUAUCUGUGAAGCCCGUCAAGAGGAUGAGACUGUGGGUGUGGAUCCCUCCUCUGUACCCACCAGGGGGAACUUGCUCCAUUUUCCAAGUACUCAAGAAGAAGAGGAGAAGGAAAAAUUGGAAGACAACCAAACGAUCAGGGAAAGUGAACAACCUAUGAAGCCCAUUAGUCCUACUGAGGAUUCUGCCUCUCCUACCUCCCAUCAGAGGAUCACACAGGGGCCAUCCAGCCAGCAAGGAGAAGCAAUGGAGAUGGAUGUGCAAGAAGUCCAGAAAGGACAGAAUACCAAUGAGGAAGAAUCUAGUAAGGCCUUGAUCGAAAGGCCUACCCAAAAUAAUAUAGGAAUCCAGACCAUGGAAUGUUCCCUGUGGGUCCCAGAAACGGUUUCAGCAGCAACCCAGACAGUAAAGAAUGUAUGUGAACAGGGAACCAGUACUGUGGACCAGAACUCUGGAAAACAGGAUGCCACAGUGCAGACUGAGAGAGGAAGUGGUGAGAAACCAGUCAGUGCUUCUGGGGAUGAUACAGAGUCGCUCCAUAGCCAGGGGGAAGAAGAGUUUGAUAUGCCUCAGCCUCCACAUGGCCAUGUCUUGCAUCGCCACAUGAGAACAAUCCGUGAAGUGCGCACAGUUGUCACCCGUGUCAUCACAGAUGUAUAUUAUGUGGAUGGAACAGAAGUAGAAAGAAAAGUUACUGAGGAGACUGAAGAGCCCAUUGUAGAGUGUCAGGAGUGUGAAACUGAAGUUUCCCCUUCACAGACUGGGGGUUCCUCAGGUGAUCUGGGGGAUAUCAGCUCCUUCUCCUCAAAGGCAUCCAGUUUACAUCGCACAUCAAGUGGGACAAGUCUCUCGGCCAUGCACAGCAGUGGCAGCUCAGGGAGAGGAGCCGGACCACUCAAAGGAAAAACCAGUGGGACAGAACCUGCAGAUUUUGCCUUACCCAGUUCCCGAGGAGGCCCAGGAAAACUGAGUCCUAGAAAAGGGGUCAGUCAGACAGGGGCGCCAGUGUGUGAGGAGGAUGGUGAUGCAGGCCUUGGCAUCAGACAGGGAGGGAAAGCUCCAGUCACGCCACGUGGGCGCGGGCGAAGGGGCCGCCCACCUUCUCGGACCACUGGAACCAGAGAAACAGUUGUGCCUGGCCCAUUGGGCAUAGAGGACAUUUCACCCAGCAUGUCACCAGAUGAUAAAUCCUUCACUCGAAUUGUGCCCCGUGUGCCAGAUUCUACGAGACGAGCAGACCUGGGUGCUAGUGCUUUGCGUCGUAGCGAUUCUCCAGAAAUUCCUUUCCAGUCUGCUGCUGGCUCCUCUGAUGGCUUAGAUGCAUCCUCUCCAGGGAACAGCUUUGUAGGGCUCCGUGUUGUAGCCAAGUGGUCAUCCAAUGGCUAUUUUUACUCUGGGAAAAUCACACGAGAUGUUGGAGCUGGGAAGUAUAAAUUGCUCUUUGAUGAUGGGUACGAGUGUGAUGUGUUGGGCAAAGACAUUCUUUUGUGUGACCCCAUCCCGCUCGAUACUGAAGUGACGGCUCUCUCGGAGGAUGAGUAUUUCAGUGCAGGAGUGGUGAAAGGGCAUAGGAAGGAGUCUGGGGAGCUAUACUACAGCAUUGAAAAAGAAGGCCAAAGGAAGUGGUAUAAGCGAAUGGCUGUCAUCCUGUCCUUGGAACAAGGAAACAGGCUGAGAGAGCAAUAUGGACUUGGCCCAUAUGAGGCAGUAACACCUCUCACAAAGGCAGCAGACAUCAGCUUAGACAAUUUGGUGGAAGGUAAGCGGAAACGGCGCAGUAACAUCAGCUCUCCAGCCACCCCCACUGCCUCUAGCAGCAGCAGCACAACCCCUUCCCGUAAGAUCACAGAAAGUCCUCGUGCCUCCAUGGGUGCUCCCUCAGGCAAAAGAAAACUUAUUACUUCUGAAGAAGAAAGGUCACCUGCCAAGCGAGGCCGCAAGUCUACCACUGUAAAACCUGGUGCAGUGGGGGCAGGAGAGUUUGUGAGCCCCUGUGAGAGUGGAGAUAACACAGGUGAACCUUCUGCCCUGGAAGAGCAGAGAGGACCCUUACCCCUCAACAAAACCUUGUUUCUGGGCUAUGCUUUUCUCCUCACCAUGGCCACAACCAGUGACAAGUUGGCCAGCCGCUCCAAACUAUCAGAUGGUCCUACAGGGAGCAGCGAGGAAGAGGAGGAAUUUUUAGAAAUUCCUCCUUUCAACAAGCAGUACACAGAAUCCCAGCUUCGAGCAGGAGCUGGCUAUAUCCUUGAAGAUUUCAAUGAAGCCCAGUGUAACACAGCCUACCAGUGUCUCCUAAUUGCGGAUCAGCAUUGUCGAACCCGGAAGUACUUUCUGUGCCUUGCCAGUGGGAUUCCUUGUGUGUCUCAUGUCUGGGUCCAUGACAGUUGCCAUGCCAACCAGCUUCAGAACUACCGUAAUUAUCUGCUACCAGCUGGGUACAGCCUUGAGGAGCAAAAAAUUUUGGAUUGGCAACCCCGUGAAAACCCUUUCCAGAAUCUGAAGGUACUCUUGGUAUCAGAUCAACAGCAGAACUUCCUGGAGCUCUGGUCUGAGAUCCUCAUGACUGGUGGGGCAGCCUCUGUGAAGCAGCACCAUUCAAGUGCCCAUAACAAAGAUAUUGCUUUAGGGGUAUUUGAUGUGGUGGUGACAGACCCCUCAUGCCCAGCUUCUGUGCUGAAGUGUGCUGAAGCAUUGCAGCUGCCUGUGGUGUCACAAGAGUGGGUGAUCCAGUGCCUCAUUGUUGGGGAGAGAAUUGGAUUCAAGCAGCAUCCAAAAUAUAAACAUGAUUAUGUUUCUCACUAAAGAUACUUGGUCUUACCGGUUUUAUUGCCUAUUGUGGAGAUUGUGUUUUAACCAGGUUUUAAAUGUGUCUUGUGUGUAACUGGAUUCUUUGCAUGGAUCUUGUAUAUAGUUUUAUUUGCUGGACUUUUAUGAUAAAAUAAAUGUUGAAUCUCUUUGGUUGUAGUAACUGGGAUUUCUUCAUCUGUUUCUUUGAGCUUAAUUUUGGAACAAAUAACAAGACAAACAGUAUCUUGGAGGUUUUCAGUAGUUUUGCUCACUUCAGGAGGACAGCUAGCCAAGGAAGAUAAAAAUUUAGUAGAAGAUUUUAGUUUGUGGCAUCACUGUCAAAAAGUUAUCCCAGGCUGUCUAAAAUGCUGUGCUUCCAAAAACUCAAAUUUUAAAGUAGGUGAGAGACCAGAUUAAUAUGCCAAAAGUUAAGUGAAACUGGAAAGAGCUCUGACUAUUUAAAAAAGUUUCUAAAUGUAGAGCUCACUGACAGCUGACAUGCAAGGGAAAAGGAUCAAUUACUGAGUGGUGAGUGACUAUAAGCUUGAUGGGACUAUAAGCUUGACUCUGUAAGAUAAGAUAUUGAAAGUCCUAGUGGGAGAGCCAAUAUAUUAUUAUUGUCACAAUCGCUAGAAGCUAUUUCUUCCCUGCCCCUAGCAUCAUCCCUGUUCAUGUCCUCUUGUUCUCUAAACAAAGCCCAACACAUUCCUCUAUAAGGAGCCAAACAGUAACAAUUUUUAGGUUUUUUGGGCCAUCUGGUCUGUCACAACGACUCAUCUCUGCUGUGAGAAGAUGAGAGCAAUCAUAGGCAAUAUGUAAACAAAUGAGUGUGGCUAUGUUUAAAAUAAAAAACAAAACUACAUUUACAAAAACAAACAGCAAGCCAGAAUUUGCCAACACCUGCUCUAGAGGCAGCAGAGGGAGGAAGGGGUCAAAGGGGUCAUUUCUAGUUGACCAUUACAACUGAUCAUAACAUGUGGUGGAAGAAGCAGAGAUGAAGACCAGAGUGAGUGCUGCAAACGAGGCCAGAACACACUUUUCCCCAGUCUGGAAGGAGAUGUUAAAUGAAUAUUUAUUUUAUUCACAUUGAUACCAACAUUAAUGACUACCCAUGAUGAUUGGGUCAUAUCAGGGAAACUUCAAUUACUGUUGUUUGUCUAAGGUAGAAUAAUUGGGCAUGCAAUUUUCAGUAAGUUAAAAAUCUUAAUUUGGGGCUGGGGAUAUGGCUCAAUUGGUAGAGUGCUUGCCUCGCAUGCACAAGGCCCUGGGUUCAAUCCCCAGCACCACAAAAAAUAAUAAUAAUAAAGUUAGCUGAACAAAAAAACUAUGAAAAAAAUCUUAAUUUGACCUCAAUUUUCUCUUGAAGACCUUUUUCUUUGGUGGAAAAAUACUUUAAAUAUAUUGUUAUUAGCUAGAGUUGCCCUUUUACCUGUCUGAAAGAAUUGGAACUUGCAAAAUUCUUCAGAUUCACAAGUUUGAAGAUCCUUAAGGCUGGAAGUCUUAUAAAUUUUGAAGGAGGAAAGAAUCUGUGUAGGCAUAUGUGACUUGAUACAGGGAGAAGGAAAGUUUUUCUCACCUUUUUCUUGCUUGGUGAUAACAUCCAGCAGUUGACCUAUUUAUAAACAGAAUUCCUUUUUUACUUAUGACCCCCCACCACACACACAGGUGCACAGAAACCUUUCUGAUCUCUGUUGUUUACUACUGUAUUUCCCACACCUUGAACAGAACCUAAGCAAACCUAAGUAAACGCCCCAUAAUCACUGGUGAGUAAAUGAACAUGCCUAGCAAAUGCUCUCAGUGUAAAGAAUGAGUGAGAGCUUUGUGUAGUCAGCAGAGGGACAGCUGAUGCCACAGGUACUCCUUGGUGGGCAGUCACAUUCCAAAUGGGAAUGAGAGGAAGGAAUUGUAUCUCUGGACUGUUUCUAGGAGAAAAGGUAAAGCCUUCUCAUUAGGCUGCAGACAUUUGGUGAGUGGCUAGAGAAUAGGACAGAUCUUCGGUAACAGACUUGAGCAUGUGGUGAGAUUAACUGUUAUUUCAGCUUAUGAACCAGAAGUUUUCACAUCCCGAAACUACAAAAGAAAAAAAAAAAAAAAAAAAAAGAGGCUCAUUAAAUACCAUGCUUUCCUAAGAUUGUCUUCAAGGAAAUAUGAGUCAGGGCAACCUGUGAUCUAGAUAAUGUCAUCUUAACAUUCAGAGUCUCUCUGACUACUGUUAAAACCACUUCUUAAAAAAAAAAAGCCUACUUUGGGCUGGGGAUAUAGCUCA